AGGGAGGUGAAGGAAGGCCGCGGCGCGAGCUGCAGACGGUGCGAGCAUGGCGCUCGUGCAGCCGGGGAGAGCUUUUCUCCGGGGGAUUCGCGUUGUCGCGCGAAGCGACCGUUUCCUCCGUCUCCAUGGUAACGACAACGAUACGUGGAGCAUACCUUAACAGCAAAACUUCACUUGCGUUUACUCUGAAGCAAGUCCUGUUGACUUCAGUGGGACUAACUCCCGAGUAAGUGCGCGGGGCUUGCAACCUAAGAGCGUUCGCAGCCGUGCCAGUCCCCACAGACCCGCCUUCCUGCACAAAGAUGCUCCCCCCAAAACCAGGCAGCUCCCUGUAUUGAGCCCUAGAAUCACAGAAUUGUAGAGUUUGAAGAGCCCCUGGGGCUCGUGUUGGAGCAGAAACUGCAGCUUUGCAUGUAAGCAGCCGCCCAGUUUAACACCUCAGCUCCCAAUUGCAAGUAGAAAGCAGUGGUAAUGAUCAGAGAAAUGCACAUCAACCCCCAAAUAUUUGCUCGGAGCAACUGCUUCUAUAUCACCUUCCCCCCAUUCUAUAAGAAAGGGGAAAGGGAGUAAGCGCAAAGGGGUGGCUCUGCCCGCCACCGGAAAAAGUCAGUUAGUGGUAGUAGCAAGGAUGGAAAAGAACAGGCAGGAAGCGGUAAAUAAGAGCAAUCUGAUUUCAGUGGAGCUUAAAGGUACUUCAUUUUGGUUGGAUCUUGCCUAAUAUGUUUGCCCCAGGUCAUUUAUUCACAUGCCUUUGAAGCACGGGAAGUUGCAUUAAGUGACUGAGUCACCCCUUUGUCUGAGUCAGACAAAGAGGGCCAGAUUUGAUGAAGUGAAGAGCCGUGAGGGGGCGACCAGAGGGCCAACCAAAGUUGUUGACCUUUUUUUAGGAUUUGCAAUUGCAGCUGGGACUUUCUGCAUCUUGACUGAUAAUUUUUUGGGUCAAGUAAUGCAUUUAGAAUUUAAAUACUACUUAUAAAAGUAAUGUUCAGUUCCCCAUGUUUUCCAGGGAUCUUUAACAAGCUGAUGGCCCCACACCUACACCAUUUUUUUAAAAAAGUUUCCUCUAACCAUCGUUUAGUUGCUUUGUAUGCUUCCUCAAACAUAGCUCAUAUUAGCCACUUCUAGAGAGACUAAUCAGUGGAUCACUUGUAGAUGACUAAUCUUAUGUUUUUACAUAGGUCGUUCCACUACAUUGAAAUGCCAGUGCUUUAGUUCAGAAAGUAAAGCAGAGGAAAACAGUCCUGUGACUCCAAUGCUGAAGCAUCUAAUGAUGAAAAUAAAGUCAACUGGUCCCAUUACAGUUGCUGAAUAUAUGCGGGAAGUUUUGACUAAUCCUGUGAAGGUAUGAACAGUACUAAAUGUGUAUCAUUCAAAUUUCACUUUGGGAUUUGAAGCUCCAGUUUAUAUUUGUCUAUUAUUCAGAUGAAACUUGUACCAAUGAUGCUGUACAAAGAGUAAGGGGAGGUAGAGGAGAAGGAAUGCCAGCCCUGACCCUGACCCCAAUUCAAACCGAUGGGAGGGGAUUUAAUAAUAAUAAUAAUAAUAAUAAUAAUAAUACAUUCAGGGGGCAGAACAGUAAGUUGACCCCACACACUUCCCACUUUGGCAGCCCAGCAGGGUUUUGGAAGUGGUGGUCUGUCCACCACUUUGCAUCUUCCACACACCCCACUUAGGACUGCACUGCAAGGAGGUUUUGAAAGGUGAGGAACUGCAGGCCUAGGAGACAAGGUGGUUGUAAGGCUGGAGAGAAGGUGAGACCUACACUGUGUACUAAGCUUUUGGUUGUACAUCAUUACUACAAUAACUAGUAUAGUUUCUUUGUGGGUGGGCAGAUUUGUUUUACAUUCUCAUUCAAAUGAUCUCAUUUGUUUAUGGUUAACUUUUUAGACAUACAAAGACAACUUUUAUACAAGUUGUCAUGGUAGGAAACACCUAUCACAUUUUAUCCAAGGUAUGGCUGUUGUCCAAAAUUGCCCCUUAAGAUAGGAUGGCUUUGAUAUCAGAUGGCAGUGUCUCUGCCCUGCCCUUAGAAUGCCAUAUUUUGAGGCCUGCAAUAGAUCAAUGCCUAUGGAGCGAUCCUAGUGGGGGCCUCUGCAUCAGGCAUUCACUUCAUCUACUCCAUCCUAACACCCUCUAGCCAACAAAUCUGGGGAUAAGGGUUGUUCUGUGGCUCAUUCAUUCCCUUCUGCCUACAUCAGUGGCCCCUCCUAGUCUCUGGCCCUCAGUCAGUUUUUUCCUCACUCUUGCUUUCUUUCAUCCUUGGCUCUUUCUCUUACCAGCUGUAUGCCUCCCACCCAUCCUUGCCACAGGCCAUGGCUUCUCAAUCCCCUGUCCUUCAGCUAGUCUGCAUUAAGGCUCUCUGUCUCUUCUACCUCCUCAGCCCUCCUCCUAUAUAGUUUCCUAGCUGAGUUUAAGGAUGUUUAAAGAUGAGGACAGUGUUUAUAUUUUAAGAGGGCUGUUAGUUUCUUUCAUUAAACAAUUUCAGUGUUGUAGAUAACUAGCAAGUGAACAUAAUCAAGAGUUGGGAACUGAUUGGUUCUUUUUUCUUCUAUAGGGAUACUAUAUGCAUCGUGACAUGCUAGGUGAAAAAGGAGAUUUUGUUACUUCACCUGAAAUAAGUCAGAUCUUUGGGGAGGUACAUUUUUAAAGUACAUUUUAUCUGAUGAGAUAUGGUAAUAUUUUAUGGUGCUGCUAUUUAAGCCAUUAUCCUAUCAAGGAUUGCAUACUAGUCUUCUUCCAUACAGAGAAAUGUCACCAUUGUGUCUCUGAAGUAUCAGAAAGUGAUUUCCAAAUGUUUGUUCAAUUUACAAAAAAGUGCAUUUUCUCAGUAUUAAGCCUACUACUUCUGUGUGUAGCAUUUUAAAUGAAGCUGUUGCAAAAAUGAUGACAACUAUUUCCUGCACUUCAUACUUUGAGAAACUUGCUGCUGGUUAUAUGAUUUACUAAUAUCUGAGAACAGUGGAAAGUAUUAUCACACCUUACUCUCUGGCUUAUGCAUUUUAAUAAAGAUAAUAUUAUUAUUAUUAUUAUUAACAAUUAAGAUUAUGUUAGUUUUUGUGACUGAUAUUGUCUAACUUGCAACGAAUUUAAGAUUUUGCUGUUCUUGAAAUGAACUGUUACGUGUUUGGAGUGCUAUAUUAGAUUUUUUAAUGAAUUGGAAAUUUACUGUUAUAAUGAUGUAUUGAUGUGUAUUCCUGCUAUUGUAUUGCUAUUCUUGUGUGGUGAGCCACUGUGGGCACAGCUAUGCAGAAAAGCAACAGACAAAUAAUAAAGGAAUACAUUUGAAAGUUUCCCCAAAAUCUUAAAGUUAUGGUAAGCUGGGUUCUUUCCAGUAUAUACCAAUUCAUGGUAAAUAACAAGGGAGACAAUUUCUGCUUAAGGAAUCUGAUGUCAUUGUUAGUGAUGUAAUAAAUCCCACUAAGUUAAGAAAGAGAUACUCCCAAGUAAGUAUCUUUCAUUAGGCAGCAAUUCUAUACCCAGGAGUACGCCCCAUUGAAGGAGUUGAUUCUGAGUUAACACAUAUAGACUGCACUGUUAGUUAAUUCUUUUGAUAUACAAGAAUCCAAGCCACCUGCCAAGUCUUGAUUUGUCUGAUUCUGAAAAUAAUAAUAAUAAUAAUAAUAAUAAUAAUAAUAAUAAUAAUAAUUUAUUUAUACCCCACCCAUCUGGCUGGGUUUUCCCAGCCACUCUGGGCGGCUUCCAACAAAAUGUUAAAAUACAAUAGUUUUUCAGAUAUUAAAAGCUUCCCUAAACAGGGCUGCCUUCAGAUGUCUCUGAAAAGUCUAGUACAGUGGUACCUCAGGUUAAAUACUUAAUUUGUUCCAGAGGUCCAUUAACCUGAAGCACCACUUUAGCUAAUGGGGCCUCCUGCUGCUGCCGCGCCACCGGAGCACGAUUUCUGUUCUCAUCCUGAAGUAAAGUUCUUAACCUGAAGCACUAUUUCUGGGUUAGCGGAGUCUGUAACAUGAAGCGUAUGUAACCCGAGGUACCACUGUAGUUGUUUUUUUCUUUGACAUCUGGUGGGAGGGUGUUCCACAGGGAGGGCGCCACUACCGAGGAGGCCCUCUGCCUGGUUCCCUAUAACUUCACUUCUUGCAGUGAGGGAACCGCCAGAAGGCCCUCGGCGCUGGACCUUAGUGUCCGGGCAGAACAUUGGGGGUGGAGACGCUCCUUCAGGUAUACUGGACUAAGGCCAUUUAGGGCUUUAAAGGUCAGCACCAACACAUUGAAUUGUGCUUGGAAACGUACUGGGAGCCAAUAUAGGCCUUUCAAGACCGGUGUUAUGUGGUCUCAGCAGCUGCUCCCAGUCACCAGUCUAGCUGCCGCAUUCUGGAUUAGUUGUAGUUCCCGAGUCACCUUCAAAGGUAGCCCCACAUAGAGCGCAUUGCAGUAGUCCAAACGAGAGAUAACCAGAGCAUGCACCACUCUGGCGAGACAGUCCGUGGACAGAUAGCGUCUCAGCCUGCGUACCAGAUGGAGCUGGUAAACAGCUGCCCUGGACACAGAAUUGACCUGUGCCUCCAUGGACAGCUGCGAGUCCAAAAUGACUCCCAGGCUGUGUUCCCAGGAAGAGUUCUUCUAAACACUGAACCUGAAGAUUCAGGAAAACAUCAACUGCCAUCCAGCAUACAGUAAACAUACAUAUUUCAACGGUGUUUAAGCAUUUUUACUGUGUGCAAAACUGCACAAAACUGCAAAAUUACAUAGUAAGUGCAAAACUUACUAUGAUUGUAAACGUAAAUUUCCAUUUUUCCCCUGAGAUGAAAUGCUUAUGUGCCACUCAGUUUUCAACUAAAGUGUUCUAUAGGAUGAAAAAAAAUUACAUCUAUUUAUUUUCUCUAGUUAAUAGGUGUUUGGUUUGUUAGUGAAUGGAUGGCUGCUGGCAAGCCAAAAAAAAUUCAACUGGUGGAAUUGGGCCCAGGAAGAGGUAGUCUUACUAAUGAUAUUUUGCGGGUAAGUAAAUACAACCUUUUCCUCCAUAGUCUGGUGGGUUUGAAACCUGCCUUUUUUGUAUAUUUCAGGCUGAAAUUCUUUGUUUCACCUGCUAUUCUGCACUAGAUAGCAAGCUUUAGGAAACCCUUGUUUGUUUCAAACCUUUCUGUCUAGUGCAGAAUAGCUGGUGACUCAUAAAUAAAUCUUGGUUUACAAGGCCUUGAACAAGUGUCACGGCCUAGAGCUCUUCCCUUACCCCAGUCCUCCUGUUAUGUAUCGUCAUUAAUAUGGGUGCAUAACUAUCAUCACCAUCAUACUAGUCUGUAUGAAGCCAAAUAUUUUUGUUACCUCUGAACUUGACCUAGCUUGUUUUCCUAGUUUGUUAACCAACAUUAAACCAGCGUUCCCCAGUUCUAAUGUAACGGCAAACUAUGGCUGAAUACAAAUCAGAAUUGUUACUCUAAAGCCAGUGCAUGACAAGAAGAAGAAUGAGGCAAAGAAUACUUGAUCCCAAUGCUCUUUCAUGACUUCAUAAAGUUUGGUUUAUCAGGCCUCUAAAUGAGCCUUUGUGAGGCACAGCAGAGUUAUGGUUUUUAGAAAUUCUGCCUGUAUCAUUGCUUUUCAUCCGUUCUUUGGUCCCUAGUACCUACCAGUUUCUGCCUUAUUGGCCUGCAAAACAAAUUUAUAUCCCUGCCUUUCUGGUUUAACAUCAGGAAUUUCAUUGUGAUGCCAAGGUAGCUGACGUGCCAUUUAACCCUAAGUACUUGAGAAAAACCACUAUCAUUUCAAAAAAUAAAGGUAGGAAUCCAAUGUUGCACAAGUAGAGUUUUGCUUGCGUAACAGAACUCUCCUCUUCACAGCAGUCCCUCCCAUGCCCCCUUCCAAAUCUUCUCACGUGACUCCCCCAGUUCUCCAGAGUGGAUUUUGAGUGUGGGAGGGGAAAGAAGAAUGCAAAGCCGCAUUGCAUGAGUGGAAAUCCAUUCUGCUCACAUACAGGCAAUGUUGGAUACAACCUAAUAACUAUAAAACUGUUGUAGAAGUCUUUUAAGCAUAGCCUUGAAGAAUUUUAUAAAAUCACUACCUGUUCUUUGUCUCUAAACUUCUUCAUUUACAGGUUUUUAAUCAGCUGAGUUCUGUACUUAGUAAAUGUGAUAUUUCUGUUCAUUUGGUGGAAAUCAGUCCAAAAUUAAGUGAGAUUCAAGCAUCAGUACUCACAGAAGGAAAGACAGAAUUAACAGAGAGUCCCACUACCUACAUGCAAGGGAUUACUAAGACCAGGCUGCCAAUUUUCUGGUACCAAGACCUGAAUGAUGUGCCAGAAGGUAAGGUAUGAUGCGUGCAUGUGUGUGUGUGUGUGUGUGUGUGUGUGUGUGUGUGUGCACGCUUUUAUUGAACUGUCAUUAGUUCUCUUUUUAAAGCUUUGCAGUGGUGGGGUGUCUAGAAGUUAUAUAACUGUAGAUCUGCUUCUCCUUGGUAUGUUUUAAUGUGAGUUUAGAUAGUUUGAUUGCAAAAUGUUUACAGUAAAUCUGUUUUUGAAGAUUUCAAUUUUUGUGGUGGUAAAACAAUUUUCAAAUGGUUCUUCAUAUUGUGCUUGAGAUUUCAGUUUUGAAUCUAGUGCAACAGAUACCUCAUACAGCAGUUCCAAGUGAAGACUUCAGAUGCUAUUUAAGUGGAAAAUGUUAGUUUCAGAUGUUGUAAUUUGAUUGACACUUUGUUUUUCCUUUAGGCUUCAGUUUUUAUUUAGCACAUGAAUUUUUUGACGCUCUUCCUAUACACAAAUUUCAGGUAUGAUAGCUCUUUAUUGCGUGACUUGACUUUAAAAGUAUUUACUAUUUAGAAAGAGAACAAAACUACAAUCCAGUCGAGGUAGAGAGCAAGUGUGUCAUGCUUUAGUAAGUACAUGGAAUGACAGAAAUGAAUUUAACUUAACAACAGCUUAUUUUGUACAAUGAAGUGUAUAUAUUAUACAAAAUAAGUCAAAUCAUUAAGUUAAAUUCAUCCUGGUUAUUUCAGAAUUCCCAGCAUUUUUUAUAUAGCAAAAGUUUUAUAUUUAGAUACAGUGCAUGUAUUCUAAUUUUGGAAACCAAGAUCGUAGGGAAUAGUCAUCAAGUACUUGCACUGUACACAGACAUGUCAGCAGUCUUGUAAUAAUACAAGAUUCUGCUUUUAACUACAUCUAUUGAUUUAAAUAGGCAAUGGCAGGAUAUGUGUUAUUCUACUAGUUGCACACUUGUUUAUCUAGUCUACAAGGUUGGUAUACAAAUCAUAUACAUUUGUAUAAUUUUUGUUUUUUUUUUACAAAUUUAAUAAAUAUUAUUAUUACUGGCCAGUAUUAGUGGUGUAUUGGAGGAGAAACGUAGGGGAGCCCUGCUCCAGGACUUUUUUCAGAACAGAAGACAUUACAUCUGCUAGAAUGGCAAAGUUACUGAAUUAGCAUACAAGUCAGAGAAGGAGGGAAACAGUCAAGCUGAGGCUGGAGAUUGCUUCCUCUCUUUUUCAUGAGCUUCCUGCUUCCAGCUUAAAUGCAUUCCUAAUUAAAAGCUAACACUUGCAUUUCAGCUGGCUCACAAUAUUUUGUUAGCGCCCAGUGUGUUUUACAAUCUAUCCUGUCAGAAGCAAGUACCACUGAGUUUUGAUAAGAGCUUAUAGGAAACUAUGCACAGGAUUACUGCCAUGCUAAUUCUAAUAAAUUGGAUACUAAACUGUACACAGCUGCUUUCAGAUGUGCAGAUGUGUGUAAUAAUGGAUCAACACAGUUGACUGGGUUUUUUGUUUCUACUGGUCAGAAUACUAAGGAAUACAGCAGGAACUUUUCCACAAAGGUACAAAUUAGUGAAGCAAAAUCUGUUCAUGUUUGCUUUUAAAGAACUUCACUGAGAGGUAAAGGUAUAAUAAAUGAUUAAUCGGCUUUUUUUUUUGUCAAGAGCAUAACCUUGAAUAAACUUACAUGAAAUGGUAAACAAUGUAGCUGACAAUGUUCAAUAAAAUCCGUAUCCAACUUAUUUUUAAAUUAACAGAAAACAGAAAAGGGGUGGCGUGAGUUGUUGGUUGACAUUGAUCCAGACACUCCCGACAAGCUGCGAUUUGUCCUUGCGCCAUCUGCUACUCCUGCUGCAAAAGCCUUCAUACAUGUAAGCUCGCUUAUAUAAUCCUCUCCAUCCAGCUAAUACUGCCAUUGUGUUACAUAUUUUGAGCUGCUCACUGUUUUCAAAAUGUACUUACUGCAGUUAUUAUCACUGUUUCAAACAUACUUAUCUGGCGGUUUUUAUUGAUAACAUCUUAGUAUGCAUUUGUUAUGUGCAAUAAAAUUGUAAGGAAAGGCUACUUUCCAUGUGAAACCAGACCAGUAAGUGUGAUACAUCUGUAUUUCAUUUUAGGAAAAGAGAUGGACAAGCAGAAUAUUAAGCUAUAGAUUCCUAAGGAAAACUUUAUAGAAUCUUGUAUAGCAGCUUACCUGGUAUUUAUCAAAUUAACCAGUAAGAUCAUUACUAAAAUGCAACAAAUCUCGCAUCUAGUUAAUUCCGACAAGGGGUUUUAUUUCAUAACAAAUGUAGGAUCCAGAUAGACAUGUGACAAACCCCAUCUUGCAGAUUUCCUGCUAUCAUUUCCCUGCAGGGAAUCCUGAGAAUUACAGGUUUGAUGGACGAUUCAUGUCCUCCCAUAAAACUCACAACCCAAAAUUCUCUUGAGGGAAGCUGCAGGAAAGUGUCAGGACUUAUAGCUGUAGGCACAUGUACAUAUACUGCUACAUAACUGUUUGUUCAACCCCUGAAUUCUCAUUUAGGACAAAGAAUCCAGAGAUCAUGUGGAAGUGUGUCCUGAUGCUGGUAUCAUCAUCCAGAAGCUGGCCCAUAAUAUUGAAAAGAAUGGAGGCAAUGCACUGAUUGUAGAUUAUGGCCACAAUGGAACCAAAACAGAUACGUUCAGGGUAGGUUGAUUUAUAAAGGUUCCUACAGGACAGUUUGCGUGAACAGUCUGUUUUUUCCAAAGCUAAAAUUUCUUCUCUACUAUCUGGGGCAGUUACUAAAGUAGCUUUGCGAUAAAAGGUGGAGUGGAAGUGCAAGAAUGUUAUAGCCAGCAAUAAGUGGUGAGGUUUUGGAAAGGGAGUCAUUUGUAGCUUAAGACAGCAUACAAUUCUUCAAAAAUCAUAAUUCUUAACUUUAAAAAUGUCCUUUUUAUAAUUGGAGGUUGUUUUUCCUCUGUGCUCUAUUUUUGUCUGCAACCUAAAAAGCUGCAGGGUCUAAGUGAACCAUUCCCCCCCCCCCCCCAUUUCUAUUAUUUUUCAGGGAUUCCGUGGACAUGAACUUCACAAUGUCUUAAUAUCUCCAGGAACAGCGGACCUCACAGCAGAUGUUGACUUCAGUUACCUGCGAAAAAUAGCACAGGAAAGAGUAGCAACCUUGGGUCCCAUAAAGCAACAUGAUUUUUUGAAAAAUAUGGGCAUUGAUAUCAGACUGCAGGUAGGGGCCACUUUCUGGCUAGUUUAUAAAAACUAGUCUUACUUAACUGAAUACACUUAGAUUAUCUGUAGCUGAUUUAAGUCUCAUUGUAAUGAGAGACAGAACCCGUAUUAUUUAUUUUGAAGGGUGGGAUAUAAAUUUAUCAAAUGAACAAGUUAAAAUUCAGCAUAUACAAAUUUGGAAGGGCAGGAGAUUGAUGUAAUUCUAGGAUGGAAAGUAGCCAAGUUACAGGUAGCACAACUGGACAAUUCUGCAGUUUUAAAGGGGAUUAAAAUAAUCCAUUUUCCCAUUUAGGUACUAUUGAAAAGUGUCAAUGAUGCAGCCAUUCAGACUCAGCUGCUUCGAAGUUAUGAAAUGUUAAUGGACCUGGAUAAAAUGGGAGGACGUUUCCACUUUUUUGCCAUGUUACCUCACUCCAGAUUUACAGCUUCAGAUCAGCAAAAGAAGUCAAAAGACUCAACAUCACAUUCAGCAUUUGUUGCUGGCUUUGGUGAACUCUCAUGGAAGUGAACCCCAAAUGUGAAUGCUUUAAGAGAACGAUGCAGGCUUCCCAUUGCGAAUCAUGGAAAUAGGGGUAUGUAGAUAGGUCUCAUAACAAUCAUGUUGCCUUUCUGUAACAAUGCCUGCACACAGGGAUUUUGAUACAGUUACCAAAGUUAGAGGAAGUACAGAGGAUACAGUAGUGGGGAAAAGACGCAUGAUAGGGAAAUAAAAUUUAUUUUCAAGCUUAGAGGAUAUUUACAAACAACGGGACAUAUAAAAAUAUAAAAAGUACUUGACAGUGUCAUUUUGAGGCUACAAGUUUUACAUGAAUAUCUUCUAGCAUCAAUACAGAACUAUUUCUUCAAUGAAUGCAACUUAACUGAAAAACAAAGAUUAAUGAUAAUGCAACACUGGGUACAAAUUCAUCUGGAGCAACAGAUUUAAUGCCAACCUUCAGUGACUUAAAGCUUUGAUUUAAUAAUAUUUGUAGGCAUUCAUAGGAAAGUUAGAGUGCAAGCUAUGCAGUUUAUUUAUGGUUUGUGAAAUGUGUGUAACAGCUGUUAUAGAGUAGAAACAUUCCAGUUAUUUCUCAUCUUUAACCACAACAGGGCUUUUGUUCCUACCCUACUGGUCCAAAAUUUUGCUAUCCUGAAUCCUGAAAUUAAAUCAAGAGGCAUACCUGACACUGUACAUUCUUGACUCACUUUGCUGCUGUUUAAAUAUGGCUUUCUGAUGCUACAACCGAUCUUAAGGCUGCAAUUCUAUAUACACCUACCUGGAAGCAAACCCCACUGAACUCAAGGGGACUUAUUUCUGAGUAGACAUCUAUAGGAUAACAACUGAGUCAAUCCGAAAUAAUAUUGAUCCUAUUCUGUUGUUGCAUAAGUUUACAAAGAAACAAUAAGACAAAACAGUGAAACAUCUAUGAACACUUCCAAUAGAUUAAUAGUUAUGCCACAACAAAAUGUGCUUUGCUAGAACAGCUACUUUCAGUGUUCAAUACCAUGCUAUAAAUACAGAAUAGUUCCAGCUGUAUAUUCAAAAAAAUGAAUACUAGCUUCCAAUAAUUUUACAUGAUUGGACCAUUUAUGAUAGGGGCUUCCAAUCAUUUCACUUAUCCAUGACAUUUUGACUGCCUUUGAGACUUAGUCAUUCUCAUCUCUGCUGUGGAUUCUCCCCACUGAGAGCACUGCUUCCCACGCCUACAGUAGAAAAGGUUAAGAAACUGAUGACAUUAAAAUUACAAUGACCUUUUCUAUAGGUGAGAAACAUUUUCUAGAAUAUUUUCUAGAUUUUCUUUGAAUACAUUUGUAGCUUAACUACAAGGAUAAUCUGCUAAAAGUUCCUGGCUCAUUAUUUUGGACUCUGUGGUUUGGAGAAGGCUUCAUCCACAUUAAACUUGUCUCUUACAUUUCCAAACAGCUGCAUUAUUUCAGAGGGUCCCCCCAACUUGUAGAAUAUUAAUCCCUGGAACAAUUUCCAAUUCAAGAUUGUAGAAAUUAAUGUUCUUUGCAUCCACAUGUUACUUGCAACCCACUGACCCAAUUUACAUGUUACUGCUUUGGCAAAGUUCCUGCCAUCAAACAGAUUCUUGGUUGUCCACUCACUUCAAUAAUAAAAGCAUCAGUCAUGUAGGUAACCCUACCUACAUAAUCAGUACUUUUAUACCUUAAUUACCAUGUCACAUUGGGGUUUGUAAUGGGAUAACAAAAUAAGAUACAAAAAGUUUCAGUCCAAGUAUUCUGAAUACAGAGCAAAGACAUGAAGAACUGCAGGUGCAUAGCUGACUCUCAAAAUCUGUUCAACAAAUAUGCCUGAAAUUAGGCCAGUGAUUCAUGUGGGUCACAGUAAACAUCAGUGAGUUAGUGAAACAUUCUGCACAAUGCAGAAACAUCCAUUCUGCACAGUGCAGAAACAUCCAUGCAGCAGUCCAUCAUAAAUCAAUCCACAUGAUCCUAAUCAAAUUCUGGUUUGAAGCAGGCCAUAGAUGCACUACAAACCCCUUUUAGAAAUGGUGGUGAACACAUGGUCCUCCAUAUGUUAUUAGACUCCUACUCCCAUUAUCCUUGCCCAUUGGAUGUGGUGGCUGGGGCUAAUGAAAGUUCAAAUCUAAGGAUCUAAGUGAACUUAUAAAUGCAUGUUCUCUAUUCGGUGACAACAACAUCCAGUGAUGAGUUGCACAUGCAAAAUAGUCUUCAUAAAUCAAAAUGCCACAGGCAGAAUUUUCACAUCACAUUACCUCAGUAUUUUUUAGCUGAGGCCGCUCACAUUCAGCUGAACAUAAAUCAAGGGAGACACACAAAUGGAAGAAUAAACACCCAUAUUUCAUAUAUCCUGCCGUUCCAACUCAUAUGCCUCAUAAGACUAUGAAUCUGUAACCCCAAUGACACACAGUCUUUGUUCUGCUUCACUCCUGCUAGACUGAAAUAAGGAGUUUGUGAAUUGCACCAUUCAUCUAAAAUUUGCACAUUAGAGAAAUGCUACCACUAAAAUUGAGUUUGUCUGUAAGUUUGUCUGGCAACUGAAACAAAGCAACAAAACACUACAAGCAACAAUAUUUGUUUCAAAUUAAAUAAUUAUACAAGGUUCUUCUAAAGCUUGCUCCAUCAUAGUGUACUCCAUUAUUCAACACAUUUUCCUCUACUUGUGGCAAUCUAAUUGGAGACUGUAUAGCAUAGAAAAUUCCAUUAUACUGAAUGCUCACAGAGUAUCCAGAACGCACUAAUAAAUUUAAGGUCAAGAGGAAGAGAUGGAGAGGUGGCCAAAUCCUUUUGCUCUUAGAGGAUUUGGAAAAUAAACUGGCCUAUGAACAGCUGUUAAAGGUCAUGAUCAAAUGAAGCUAUAUCCUAGAGAUGGGGCCACACACUGUUGGAACUUACUUUGAAGUUUUUUGCUGCAACAGCUACAGCAGCAUGCCUUGGCCAGAGCAAGUGUUGCCAUGAAAAUUUCACAGAAAGCUUCAACUGCACAUCUGGUUCUUGCUGACAUUUAUAUACAGCUUAUUUCAAUUGUAGACCACAUUUCCCUGAAAAUGUUAACUUCAUAACUAGAUCCAGGUUAGUUCAUUUGUUUGCCAGUCCUCUAUUAUAAAUAGAACAGUUGGUUGAGAUGAAAUAAAAAAUUAAGCAAGGUUUCUAUUUUAGAUUUACUUUAGUGACAUUUGCACUGGUUGUCCAGUAUCCUUUAAUGUUCUGAGACUGCUUUAAGUUAUCUUCAUAUAGCCUUGUUCUUGAACUGCUGCUUCCAUCAUUUCUCCAGAUCAAAACAUUUGGUUUAACGUAAGGGAAUGUAUGCACUGGACCUUCCUUAUUGUGAUAAGAUUUUUGAGAUUCUUCUUCUGUGUUCCUCUCUUGCUCUUUACAUAGUUGUAAUUCACAGACAUGCACAGGAAUAACUUUUAUGUCAAGUGUAAAGCCUAGUCCUGUAAUGACACAGAAUGCAGGGCAAGUGAAAGGAGGGCAUGAAAUGCUGGGAGAAAGCAAAGUGAAAAGAAGUCAGCUGAUGACAGUUGAAGAAGAGAAGAUGCUGAAGACCGACCUGAGGAAGGAGAUGGACAGGAAAUCAGAAAGAAGAAAAGCAGAUGCAAAACAGAACUGACAGGCUGCUGUUCAGACAGCAAUAAUUAACACUAUGAUGGAACAAACAGUGGCCAGGAAGUGAAUUCAUAUUAUUGUGUUAACUUUUUUAUGUAUAAAGUACCACCCAUUCAUACUCAUUAAAUCUAGGAGUGCUUGCCAAAUUGAUUCUCAUCUGUAAUUGAGAACUGUGUGGAUUAAAUGUAAGUGUUUUGUCAGCAGACCUGCUAGCAGGAAGGGAAGGGAAGAAAGGGGUGACAGGUUUUAGCCCUUCCUCCAAGGCACUUCCCAUCCUUUUCCUAUCAGUAGAUCUUUUAAGAAGAAGCCAGCUGCUUCAAGCGGAGUGCCUUGCAAAUAAAUUUGUGUGGGACAGGAAGGAGGGAGGGAGGCAAACUCUCUUUCCACCCUUAACUUCUGAGUGACAAACCCAGCAAGUGGAAGGCAAAAGGUCACAACCCCCUAAUCACCAACAGCUAAGAGUGAUUUUGCUAGACUACAGGGUUUAAUGAAAGCAGAAGGAAAGCAAAGAGCAGAAAGCAAAGAGCAACCUGGAAACAUAAAUGACCGCAUCUUCUUAGAAUACGAGAGAUCCUAAGGAUAUAUUACACUGUGGAUUCUAGUUACUAGAAUUAAUUGGAAAUUAAGUAAAAUUUUAUUCAUUUCAAGAAAUUAAAAGAUUCUUUGGGGCCAAACUGCAGCAGACAAGUAUCUUCCAGACCAAAAUGAAUGACAGCACAGAAGUAUGAGCCCCCACACCACCUCAAGGCUAUUGUGAUGCACCUACUACUUUAAACUUUCCACCACAAAUCACGUUUCCACAGUGGAAGGCUAAACAACUGAAGAUCUUAGUUGUGAACUGGAUGCUAAUUGGCUGGAGCCAAAUAUGUGAUAUGGGAGAGGGAACAAUACACACAGCAAGAGCUUCAGUUUUUUCUAUCUGGUGCAACAAUUCCCACUGCAGAAGAAACCAAUUGCUUUUAAAAGUUUAUGUCUAGCACACGGAACUGUUGCGCUCAAAAACAACCGGUGGAGCACUUUUUUCUUUACAGCAGUAUGCAAAUUACAUGUCUGGAUCCCGGUCUAUGGAUAAAUUAAGGCCGAAAGCCCUCCAUAAGCCUCAAAGUCACACUAACAUCUGCCACACAAUGAUAAUUCACCAUAAUGCUUUACUGUUCUCCUAAUGUAAGUGUAAAGGUGAAAACACACCAUGUCUGUAUUAAGUGGGAUUAUGGAGUACAGUGGUACCUCGGGAUGUGAACGGGAUCCGUUCCGGAGCCCCGUUCGCAUCCAGAAGCAAACGUAACUAGCAACGGCACGUCUGCGCACGCACGCAUCACUUUUCGCCGCUUCUGCAUGUGACAUCAUUUUGAGCGUCUGCGCAUGCGCGAGCGGCGACACCCGGAAGUAACGUGCUCCGUUGCUUCCAGGUUGCCGUGGAGCGCAACUCGAACGCGCUCAACAUGAAGUAUAUUCAACCCGAGGUAUGGCUGUACUUUUAAUGCUCUGCACUUCCAUACAUCAAGAGGCUGCUCUAGUUAAGCAGAAGAACCACAAAUCUGCCUUAAAGUUAUUGGCUCCCUUUACUUUUAUUGCUUUUCCAACUCAUACCUGCUAAAUAAAUAUUCUACCAGUGUUUUGUAUGGGGCUUAAAAAUCAAGCAUUGUUGUAGUUAUUUGGUCAUGGUAUAUAUUUCAGGUUUCUCUACAGCUUCGUUAACAGAUGUAUCUAAAUACCAGAAAAUAGUAUUCUAUGGCUUAGUAGGUAGGAACUAGAAAACCAUUAAAAUUAUUUUGUUAUUGUGUAAACUACAAAAACCCUGGAAAUUUCACAUACUACAUCAAGUCUCUGUGCACUUCAUCGGCCAGUAACAUCACUGCGAUGUACCAGUAAGGCAAUGUUAACACAAAUAUUUCAUGGCUUUUAACCCAGUGCCGGAUCGCAUUCAUAGUCAUAGUAACUAGAGAUGUGGAGCCUUUCCCAAGUCAUCUAAUCCAUCCAAAAACUGAUGGAAGAUCCUUCACUGCUUUAUAGACUGAAGAGCAAAGAGCAAUACUUGCUCCAUC